AUGGCUGGAGUGUGGCGUUGUAUGCUGGCAGUGCUGGCGUUGAUGUGUGUGUGUCUGUGGGGAUUAACUGAGGCUGUAGGGGGGGCUGUAAGUCGACCAAGACCCCAAAGAAGACCUCGUAAGAAGCCAAAGGUUGUUGCUGAUGACCUGACGCCUCCUGCUCAGAACAUAGACAUACAGCGGAUGAUGGGACGAUGGUACCUGUUGAACACUGCCUCCAAAUGCUCGUACCUGAUUAACCACGGCACCAAGGUGGAGGCCACAAUCAUGACCCUCACUCACUCCUCAGACCAAACACUGUCUGUCAGCACAAAGACACGACAUAACCACCAGUGUUGGGAGAUUUUACAAAUCUACGAUAUCUCUCCAACCCCAGGCAAGCUGACUCUUAAAGGAACUCGUCCUGAGCUCAACACUGAAAUAGCGAUCGGGGAGACGGACUAUACCAACUAUGCUGUCAUGUACUACCAGAAACAGGGAAAGAUCACCGUGAAGCUGUAUGGGAGAUCUGUUGACGAUCUGUCCGAGCCGAUGUUGACGAAGUUUGAGCAGCUUGCUGAAAAGCAGAAUAUGGGCCUGGCUUACCUCUUCCCCUUCCCCACUUACAGUCACUGUGGUGACGUGGACCAGGACCAUGUGAUCAACUGUGUUCCCACAUGCUGAGGAGGCAGAACUUUCUCCUGUGCUGCGGACGGAUCCAGGCCUGCAGUGAAGUCCUCACGCAAAUAUCUGAAUAUUGUAGGAUCUGAAAACGUGAAUGUCAGCAGGAGAGCUGCAACAAGGUCUUAAAACUGUAAAACUGCUACCUUUGAAUGUUACCAGGUACAUUUAAAUAAA